CGGUGAGGUUGAUCGUUAAAAAGGCAACGUUCACAAGUGUUUCGGGCGCGACGCCGAAUGUGCAUAAAGCUAGCCGACAACUCAGAGAAGCAAGAAUAGAAAGUAAAAUGGCACUUAGAAGAAUAGUAAAAUUGCAAGCACUGAUAACAAAGCCGCUGCGUAGAGCUUAUUCAGCAGCUCCAGAAUUAACACAGACUCGUCACAAUGUAAAACGCAACGACUACGCCACCUUGGAAGACAAGGAUAUUGCUUUCUUGGAGUCCAUUGUUGGUAAACAUUACGCGCUACAGGAAGAUUUACAAGCUUACAAUGUGGACUUUUGGCGCUCUGUACGAGGUAAUAGCCAACUGGUGCUGAAACCCGGUACCACACAAGAGGUUUCUGCCAUUUUAAAGUAUUGCAACGAGCGUAAGCUGGCUAUUUGCCCGCAAGGUGGCAACACCGGUGUGGUUGGCGGUGCGGUGCCCGUAUUCGAUGAAAUCGUGCUAUCGCUGACCCGAUUGGACAAAAUUCUGCACAUUGAUGAAAUUACUGGCAUAGCGGCAUGUGAGACGGGUUGCAUUUUGGAGAAUUUGGAUAACAAAGCGCGAGAGCUAGACUUAGUGGUGCCCUUAGACUUGGGUGCCAAGUCUAGCUGUCAUGUUGGUGGCAAUGUCUCCACCAAUGCUGGUGGCUUGCGUGUAGUGCGCUACGGCAAUCUGCAUGGCAGCGUGUUGGGUUUGGAAGUGGUACUGGCGAAUGGUGAAAUUUUAGAUUUGAUGUCUGACUUCAAAAAGGACAACACAGGCUAUCAUUUGAAGCAUCUUUUCAUUGGCGCAGAGGGCACCUUGGGUGUGGUGACUAAAGUGUCCAUUUUGUGUGCGCCAGCGCCGCAGGCACAGCAUCUGGCCUUUUUGGGUUUGCCCAACUUUGAUGCUGUGUUGAAAACAUUCAAAAGCGCCAAACGAUAUUUGGGUGAAAUUUUAUCGGCUUGCGAAAUGAUUGAUGCACCAACUUUGGAGGCCAGUUUGGAACAUUUCCAACUUAACUCACCAAUUAAUGGUUUUCCAUUUUAUAUGCUACUCGAGACAUCUGGCAGCAAUGGCACACAUGAUUUGGAGAAAAUUAAUAAGUUCGUGGAAAUCGGCAUGGAAAGGGGCGAAAUUAUUGAUGGUACCAUAGCGGCUGAAGCGCGUAAGAUGCAGGAAAUUUGGAAGCUGCGCGAGCUGGCACCGAUGGCUUUAACCAAAGAUGGCUAUUGCUUUUACUAUGAUCUUUCGUUGCCGUUACGCGAUUUCUAUAGUAUAGUGGAGGUUAUGCAAAAACGUAUAGGACCGCUGGCAACAAGAGUCACAGGUUUUGGACAUUUGGGUGAUUCGAAUUUACAUUUGAACGUUUCAUGUCCGGCAUAUACCGACGAACUGCACCACAAAAUUGAGCCUUUUCUUUACGAGUAUACCCACAAACUGAAAGGCAGCGUAAGUGCUGAGCACGGCAUUGGUUUUAUCAAAAAGAAUUACCUAAAAUAUAGCAAGUCACCGGAAGCGAUUGCAAUGAUGCGUGAUAUGAAGAAAUUGUUGGAUCCCAAGGGUAUAUUAAACCCAUAUAAGGUGUUAAAUUAACACUCAUAUUACAUAACUACACUAAAUAUGUGUGUUGCUUAAAAAAAUAAAUAAACAUAACCUCAAA